AUGGCGACCGCGGAUCCCGACGGGCAUGCUGCGCGCUCUAUCCCGGGACCCCGGCCCAGCGGGACGGGAGCUGCGGGGCUGCCCUCCGGGCGAAGCGGCAUUGGAGCUCCCCGGUUGGGGGAGCGGAUCCCGGCGGCCGUGGAGAAGCGGGGCCCGUACAUGGUUGCGCGCGCGCCUUCCAUUCAGGCCAAGCUGCAGAAGCACCGGGACCUGGCCAAGGCGGUUCUGCGGAGAAAAGGCAUGCUGGGGGCCGCGCCGAACCGCCCCGACUCUUCAGGGAAAAGGUCAGUGAAGUUUAACAAGGGCUACACUGCUCUUAGUCAGAGUCCAGAUGAAAAUUUGGUGUCCCUUGACUCUGACAGUGAUGGAGAGCUGGAAUCCAGAUACUCCUCCGGGUAUUCCUCUGCAGAGCAGGUGAACCAGGAUGUGAGCCGACAGCUGCUCCAGGACGGGUAUCACUUGGAUGAGAUUCCAGAUGAUGAGGACUUGGACCUAAUUCCCCCCAAGCCUAUGACCUCAACGUGCUGCUGGUGCUGUCUUGGGGCCUCUUCGUCCUGUACCCUCCAGUAGACAUAACCCUCUAGGACAGGUCCUGCUCACCAUGCCUGCAGAGUCCUAUUGACCCUGCGUUGGUCACAGAGUGCAGUGGGAACCCACUGCUGUCAACCCCAGGAUCACUGGAGACACUGACCCUCUGGGAAAGGCAGUGACCGCAGUUACCCCAAACCUGGUGCUUCUCAGACCAGAGGCCCCCAUCUGGGUCACAGGGUGACAGGUGGAGUUCUGCAGUUCUCCUCUGCUGCUGGAGUAGCAUUUGGAGAAACCGCUUUAAUAAGGGCAGGAACAUAGGAAUUCUGUUUCUUACGCUGAGUGACAAAAUUGGCGAAGAGAGAAACUUACAGACGUCUUGGUUGGUAUUUGUCAUGAUGCUCUGUGGAGGGAAAAUGGGAGCUUUUGUGCCCAGGCUGUGUUGGCUGGUGUUGCAUGGAGGCAGAAAAUAGCACUUUAUGGCUUGCAGCUGGGAGUCUGUGAAAAAGAAUUUAACUCUCUGGGGCCAGUUCAGUUCAGGAAAUUCAAUAUUCUUUUCUCUUCCAAGCUCCAAGAUGGGUUAUAUGUUUGUCGGUUGUUCUUAUAUGACUGUGGCAGAGAGUACAACAGGUUGCUUGGUGGCACAGCCUGAUCAAGGCUUCCAGAAUCCUUGGAAGCUGAGCAUUCCCAACUGGUCCACAUGUCUGCAUGAGCUUGGUAACGUGGUCAUUCCACCCCUAGUUAGAGAAAAACUGCUCUACCGGGUAGACAAAAUUUCUUUCCUUGGUUGCCAUUCUUCACCUUGGUCUUAGCUAGUAUCUUUAUCCAGUCUUUGAUCUAAGGUUGAAUGAAAGUUCUGGAGCUUGCCACAGAAGCCUGCCGUUUUUGGUUACCAGCAGAGGGAGCUACAGGAGCAGUUAGGUGCCUUCCCAUUUGGAUUUUUUUUGGUUUGUGAGAUCUCAGUGCCCCAACCAGGGAGGGGUGGAACUCAGGCCCCUGAAGUGGAAGUUCAGAAUCCUGACCACUGGACUACCAGGGAAUUCCCUCAUUUGUUUAACAUUUUACACUUGAGGAGCAGCAAUGGGUGAGAUGUAUAGUGCACAGCUGUGUGGGCCCUGACAGAGGCUGAUAGGAUGAGGAGGAGGGGCCUGUGAAAGCUCCCCAGCUAUCCCCCCCACCCCAACCGAAGGAGAUCAUCUUGCCAUUGCAGAGGGCCUCCCUCCACCCUAGUGAGAGCCAUUGUGUUGCAUCCAGAUUCCUCUGACCACAGUGGAUACUGAGGAUUGGGCUUCACAGUCAGCCCCUAGUUUGAACAUAGCAAGGACAGGCGUAAUCUCCCCUGUGACCCCUACUAGAUUGCAUCUCUUGCUGUACCAGGCCUCUCUGUGGAAUUUUUCAGUGGUUCCUUUUUUUUUUCCUUACCCAAAACCAGAUGGAACUGAAUGGGAGUGGAGAGGGGUAGGGUAGUCAGGAUUGAGGUGUGGUCCCGACUUGGGAACUUGCCCACCCUCUUGCUUCAUUUCGUUGGGACAGAAUGUUGACAGCUGCUGGGGGUGAGGAUGGCAGUGGGCCCCCAAUACCAAGGCCCUCCAGUGGCUGUUGUUAUAAAGCCACACUGGUGUAUUUGGCUACACCUCUCCCUGGAAUGUUUCAGGGCUGGUUAACCAUCUGUGGGAGGCAUUACCUUUGCAGGAAAAGUUGCAGGAAUGUCAUAUAGCAAGGCAGGGUACAAAUGGUCAAUUGCUUGGGGCUAAGAAGCCAUGGGCUAGAAAGUCACCAAUAAAAGCACCAAGGUGUCUAGAACCAAACUGCCUUAAUAAUAAGAGUACUGGGGUAUUGUGCAAGUGACAGCACUCUGGGGAGACGGCUUACCUCACAGAUGGGAGUGGUACUGUAUGGCGUUUACAGAACUCUUGGCUUAGGCUUCUACAGCUUUGUAAGUUUGUAGAAAUAAAUACAGUCAUCUGUUGAACUGUC